UGGCUCUGAUUGAAAGGGGCAGCCAAGAUCAUGGCCGGGGAUCCCUUGAUGGAUGGCCAAGGUUCAGAAAAGGCUUUGCCGAUUCCGGAGAGAGGCUGCAAGAGCAAGGAUGCUCAUGGUGGCUGCUGCAAGCCAAAGAAGAAGUGCCACGGCUCCAAAGGCUACAGCAGCAUUCGCAAACCGGUCCUUGCGCUCUGCAAGGUGACCAAUGCUGCGGCAGCAAACCAAAUCUCGAACAGCCUCAAGGCGGCUCUACUGGAAGCAGAGCGGCUUAACGAGCCCGUCGAUGGUGGACUGCUUGGUAUGGCGGCAGCACAGGCUGGACGGCUCGGUCUGAAGGACUUGCUGGGCACACUUUGCGCGUACUCAUGGCCUCGGCUGUUUGAAUGCGGCGGGCGCGAGGUGGCAGAGUUGGCUGCAGCUGCUAGCAAGUGUGGCUGUAGCGAUGAAAGGUUCUUCUGCUUUGUGGGCGCAUACUGCUGCCAGAAAGCCAACUCCUUCACCUGCCUGAGGGACGUUGCUUUGGUAUCGGCGGCUCUGACCCGAAAGUUAGACUCCGAGGUAGACCUCGCUGGUGCUUUCCACGGUCUUUCUUUCGUUACGCUGCAACACUUGCACGGCACCACCACUGCGCCAAUUCGUGACGUUGCGGAGUUCUUCUACUCUCUGGUGAACGUGCUUGGCAUGUCGAACGGUUCUGGCCUUGCACUUUGCGCUGCAUCGGUCACCCGAGACGUGAUUGUUGCAAUCGCAGAUGUGGUUCGUCCACAGCUGCACAUGGCUAGUGCUCAAGACAUUGCAAAGACUACGGGCGCUGCUGCCGUUGCUUGGGGGCUUCUGCCACAAUUGCAGGAAAAAACAAUGCUGCCCUUGCUGAUGGAGCUGGCGCAGGCAGUCCGCUUCCGCCAUGCUGACUUCAACGUCCAGGACUUGGCACACCUUUGCGCAGCCUUUGCAAAGGUGGACACGCUUUCCAGCUGCACAUCGCUUCCGGUUCUACUAGACAAGGUUCUGGGCAAGCUUGCCGACUUCUCCGCGAAGGACCUGAGCCUGGUUUUGUGGGCGGCCACGCGACAUGGUUACAUUGGGGAGAGGUGCGCGGCACAAGCCACCCAGGAGGUGAUGAAGCGAGACCUGUCGAGCUUCUCCACACAGGACCUCUGCAUGACUGCCCAGUGUUUGGCAAAGUUGGGUGCCCGCGGCAAGGCAGCUCUUUGCCUGGUGGCAGGGCAAGUCUUCGUGCGCCAGGCUCAAGGGCUGAAUACCACCGACAAGGUGCUCUUCUUGUGGGCUUUGGCGAAGUGCAAGGUGAUGCACUUGGCCCUUUGUCGAUUGCUGGUGCGGGAUCUUGCGGUUGAGAAGUGUGGCAUGCUGGCAAGGGACAAGGUGGGCCUUGCCCUUUGGUCUCUUGCAGUCGUGUGGCCGACACUGCCGGAGGGCGAGGCAUGGCCGCAGCUGCUGGCAAAUGUGCUUCUGUCUGCGCAACCCUGGCUGAUGGCGCCUAGCUAUGAGGUGACCAACGCUGCUUGGGCCUUUGCACAGCUUCCCCCAGACAUGGUGGCCAGGAGCUGGCCCAGUCUCCUCCAGACCACCACGUGGGUUCAUCCCAAGCAGCUCUCAGAACACGAACUCUGCAAUCUGCUGGCUGGGCUUUCCAGCUGCACCCUGCAGGUGGGCGUUUUGCAGGAAGCCUUCCGGACUUUCAGUACCGAGUUGGUGGCACGUUUCGAGCGCUGCAGCUUCUCGCAGCACGACAAGCGCUUGCUAGCUUCUGCUGUGUCCUCAAAGCCAAUCUGGGAAUCUCUCGAGGCGUCCCUGCUGGACAAGAUCAAGGCAUUCUUGGGCAUGGAUGAAAGGCGAUCAGCUGAGGAAGAGGAGGAGCCAACCUCCUACCCACAACAUUCACACGAGCAAGAGGAGCAGGAGGCGGAGGAGGAGUACGAGGAAGCGGAAGCAAAGACGGAUCCGGAGGACUCCGCUCCGCCCGAAGCGCUGCCGAGCCCCAAGAAGGCCUGGAACCACGGCAGCUGCAGGAGCAGCUGCUGCACGGAGGUACCUGGAACUUCAGAAUUGAGCCGUUUGCGACUCAACUCGCAUUGCGACUACAAGGGCCACUGCGUUCAACUCAAGCACACCUUCAUCCACGUAGACUGCCCCACCAACAGCGACUCAGAGGAAGACUGCGAGCUUUGCAGAAUCUCAAGGCGCCGUGCGCGGUCAGUGGACAGCAAGGAGCCAGGGCCAGGCCUAACUGAAUCGGAUGUUGAGGCUCACAUGCAACGCAGACUGGCGGCAGAACUCAACUCUGAGGGCCGGCAGCGAAGGGAACUCAGGUCAGGAUCCUGCGGCGUUGAUCAAUGAUGCUGUGCCCAGUGUAGGUGCAGAAUUCUGCUGAACUGGCAGAGUUUUGGUAGAUCGAGUUGGGCAUCGCUAGAGAUGAGCUCUGCUUUGCUCAAGUGAGCUUGGCACCUGCACUUGGAUUUGCUGGCGGU